UUUGCUCAGGUUUCGGGGGGGCGCUGCUCCCACACCGCGAGCCCUGUGUGUUGGGUGAUUUUCCUAGAGCCAGUAUAAAAGAUAAAAGGGCUUUCGCCGAUAUUGAUCUUCAUUCCGUGAAGUAACUCAGCUGCCUCACUUCGUGGCUGAGGAGAUGGAGCCUCGCCCCGGAGGACUGCGGUGGCCGGCGUGGCCGAGGAGAGCCCCGAUGUCGAGAGAAGAUGGAGCUUUGCCCUCCCGCUAAUAAUUAACGCCUAACGGCUGGUUCGUCAAGUAAUCAAUUAACUCUUUGGAGGAAACGUACUUUGGAAUUUGAGGAAAAUAUGCACUUCUUAAAAAACAAAACUGAAAAUAACUUCCAAGAAUUGAUGAAAACCUUGACAAUAAUGUACAAUCAAAGUCCACAGAGAGAAGAUCUACCAGUAAAUACAGCUGUGAAGAAUAUACUGGAUAAGAAUAAAACGGUACCCAAUACAUUUGAAGUCUUAAAGUUGUUUUUCCCUCAUCUAAGGAAAGUAGGCAGAAUUUAUCCUGACGUAAUAAUUGGCAAAGAGAGAGCAGGAGUUUCUUUUGCGCUGGGUAUUCCCACUGUGAACAGAGGAGAUCGCGGGUACCUGAAGCAAACCCUGACCUCGCUCAUUUCCAGGAUGACUCUCUCAGAGCAGAAGGACUCCGUGGUGAUCGUCUCCAUUGCCGACAGUAAUGAAGAUUAUUUUAAAUCUGUUGUUGACAUGAUUACAAAAAAAUUCAAACAGCAACUACAGUCUGGAUCUUUGGAGGUCAUUUCGAUACCUGCCCUUUUUUAUCCAAGCACGUUACAUGCCAUGCCAUCAACCGAGGACUCGCACAAAUUAGAGAGGUUUUCAGACAGCCGUUGGCAAACGUGUAAUGAGGGGAAAAAAGAGAGCCUGGGUUAUAAACCAUUACCCUGGCUUCCAGCCUCACUCUCCUGUUUGCUGAUCAUCCUAGGCAGAUGGCGAAGCAAACAAGUAUUGGAUUUUUGUUUUUUGAUGCUAUAUGCCCAACCCAAGGCCAUGUAUUAUCUACAGCUAGAAGAUGAUAUCAUAGCUAAAAAGAUGUACCUUACAAAAAUCACAGAUUUUGUACAUAAUAUCUCCUCAAAUAACUGGCUUUAUAUUGAGUUUUCAGUUCUUGGGUUCAUAGGAAAGCUAUUUAAAUCUGAGGACUUAAUUGAUUUUGUGCGUUUUUUUUUAAUGUUCUACAAAGAUAAACCUAUAGACUUGCUCUUGGGGGACAUUUUUCAGGUAAAGAUGUGUAAUCCAGGAGAAACGCCUGAAAAAUGUUCAGAACGAAAUAAGCAAAUUCGUAUUCGAUAUCAACCUUCUCUUUUCCAGCAUGUGGGUAUACAGUCAUCGUUGCCUGGAAAAGAACAAUAUCUCAAAGAUAUUUAUUAUUAGGAGUUUCAUAAUUCUAACACCUUCUAAAAACAUGAUCAGAAGUUCAUUCUUUGGAAAAAAUGGCAUAACAAGGAUUAAACUAUUCCCAACUUUCUUCAUAGUGGAUAAGAAACUAUGAUCAUAUUUUUAUAAAUAAACAUUCAAUAAUAAAGCACUUCUUCGGGACCGGCUGAGUGGACAUGCAGAGGCCCUGCUCGAGCAGGUCGCGCGUCUCUGCUGUAUGCCGCGGAAUUGUGUUUAAUAAUACAGGUUGGAAAGACUGAAGAAGAGCAUCAAGGGGAUGAUGCUGUUCCGAAGCGCUCAGAUAAAAAUUUGCCCCCCCCCUUUUUCCCCAAUAAACAAAGCA